GAGUUUGUGAAUUGUGAAAGAAUGGAGGCACUGAUUUCCAUGAAGUCGACUGCUGGAAUUUCCUUCCAAUCUUUUCCUUUCUUUAAUCAGCCAUCUGGAACCUUAGUCAGACGCUCCUCAAUGGACCUUCCUCUCCAUCGCUCCAAUUUUCCUGCCAUUCGAGCCCACCAGCCCGAUACGAUAUCCCCGAAAGGGGAAGAGGCUUUGAAAGUAAAGGAAUGGGAACUUGGAAUGUUCCAAAACGAACUCGCAGCAAGUCAGGGUAUAAGAAUACGGCGACGGCCUCCGACGGGUCCUCCGUUGCAUUACGAAGGUCCCUUCGAGUUCUGUCUGCAGAAUGAGGGGAACACUCCUCGUAACAUACUCGAGGAAAUUAUUUGGAACAAGGACAUUGAAGUUUCGCAAAUGAAAGAGAAGAAGCCUUUGGCUUCAUUGAAAAAGUUGAUCGAGAAUGCACCUCCAAGUAGAGACUUUGUUGGGGCUCUUAAGGCUGCACAUUCGCGAACUGGAUUGCCUGGUUUAAUUGCUGAAGUUAAGAAGGCUUCCCCUAGCAGAGGAAUUCUGAGAGAGAAUUUUGAUCCGGUAAAGGCAGAGGCAUAUGACAAGGCUGGAGCCGCUUGUCUCAGUGUUUUGACUGAUGAAAAGUAUUUUAAGGGGAGCUUUGAAAAUCUGGAGGCAAUAAGAAAUGCUGGAGUAAAGGUUUUCUCUCUACUGUGCAAAGAAUUUGUGAUAGAUGCUUGGCAGAUCUAUUAUGCUCGAAUUAAAGGAGCAGAUGCAAUACUUUUAAUUGCUGCUGUUUUGCCUGAUCUGGACAUCAGAUAUAUGGUUAAAAUCUGCAAGAUGCUUGGUUUGGCUGCGCUUGUUGAGGUGCAUGAUGAGAGGGAAAUGGAUCGUGUUCUUGGUAUAGAAGGGAUUGAACUUAUUGGUAUCAAUAAUCGUAACCUUGAAACAUUUGAGGUAGAUAUCAGUAACACAAAGAAGCUUCUUGAAGGCGAGCGUGGCCAAUUGAUCCGUCAGAAAGAUAUAAUUGUUGUAGGAGAAUCUGGGCUGCUUACACCGGAUCAUGUUGCUAAUGUGCAAGAAGCCGGUGUUAAAGCGGUUUUGGUUGGGGAGUCGAUAGUGAAGCAAAGCGACCCUGGAAAAGGAAUAGCUGCACUUUAUGGUAAAGACAUUUCUGUGUGAGUUUUAAUAAGAAAGUUGGAUCGUUUGAUUUCUGGAAUUAUUUAGUUGUACCGUACCACCUUUUCUCCUGGA